ACAAGGUUAGCGGCAUUUCUCCAUCACUCCGCAAAACCCUCGUAUAUAUGAAACCAUCCCCACCGCACCCCAGGGCUUCCCGCCCGCUUUCGCGAUCCCUAAAUACUCACUUCAACGGCGAGCUGAGCCGGACUCAAAAAGAUGGACCAAGCGAACCGGCGGCCAUGGAUCAUCGACCCGGAAUUGGACGGCCUGGACCUUGACCCAGAGGACCUCCAGCCGUCCAUCCCCCUCAAAAAAGUCCCCGCCGGCGACGUCUUCGAGGCGGCGCGCGCCGGUGACGUCGACCGCCUCCGCUAUCUCCUGGAGACCGGCGUCAACGUCAACGCCCGGGACCAGUGGGACUCCGUUGCCCUCUACUACGCCUGCCUCGCCGGCCACGUCGAGGCCGCCCGCAUGCUCCUUGAGGCUGGCGCCAUCUGCUCCGAGCGCACCUUCGACGGCGAUCGCUGCCACUACGCAGCCCUCAACCUUCGCGUGCGGCGCCUCCUCAAGGUCUUCGAGGCCCGCCCGCCGCCGCUCGGACCGCUGCCCGCCGCCCUCCGCGACACCUUCCUCGGCUGCCCUGCCAAUCGCCGCGCCUAUCUCGAGCAGUGUGAUGACGCUGCCGCCGCGUGGGCAACAGGUUACUCUUUGUUAAAUGAUGGAUCCAUUUCGACUCCAUUUCCCCCGGACAUCACCUUCUAUGUGGAUGGAAGACCUAUUGAAGCUCAUCGAGUUAUAUUAAGUGCCCGGUCACCCUUUUUUAAGAAGAAAUUCGAGACAGAUUGGAGGGACCGCAAGGAAGUGAGGUUUUCUAGCCAAAAAUUGUCUUAUCGUGCAUUAUAUAGCCUUAUCCAUUUCUUCUACUCCGAUAGACUUGAGGUUGCGGUGGAUGACAUGGAAGAUCUUGUACGUACAUGCAAAGCCUGCAAGUGUGAGGAAUUGCAGAAAGUCCUUCAGAAAGAAUUGAUUCACCAAAAAUAUGCAGACUAUAAAGCACUAAAGGAGGUGGAUAAUUCUCAGAAAAGGUUCAUUUUACAGGGCUUGUCCCUACCAGAGCAGGAUAGGCUUCCUUUUGCCUUGCAUCGCAUUCUAGAAAUUUCUCUUGCUAACUCCAGUGGGAAAAGCAUGAGUGUUGAUGAUACACAUGACUCACAAAUGAGCCAGUCUAAUGAUGAUCUUGCUGAUGUUUGUAUAAAAGUUGAUGAAAGGAUUUUCCGUUGCCACCAAGUGAUGCUGGCCUCAAGAUCGGAGUAUUUUAGGGCAAGGUUAUCUCGAAUGACAGGAUUUCUUGAAGGGAAUGAUGGACUGCCUAGUUUCUCACUUCCCUUUCUAGAAGAGCAUGACUUAAGUACAGAAGCAUUUGAGAAAAUGAUAGAAUAUAUGUACACAGAUCGCUUGAAGGAUAUGGACCCUGAUCAGGCUGAAGAAAUGUUUGAUGCUUCUUCAAGAUACCUGUUAUUUCCUCUUAAACGCGCUGUAGCUGAUUCUCUGCUACCGCAUCUGGAGCUGGUCUCACCUGCUGAACUCUGCCACUGGCUGAUAUUAUCAGACAUGUAUGGUGUUUUAAAGAUAAGGGAAUAUUGUUUGGAUGUUAUUGCUUGUAAUUUCGAGACAUUUGCCGAUACACGAGAGUUCCGGGCCAUGCUCUUGACACUCCCGCCACCGUCUGGACAUGACUCAUUGAGGACAACCCUUCCUAGUGCCCCAGGGUCUGUAGGCAACACUGAUCAGGGCAAUCUUCUAGAUGACUUGAGAGAGAAAUGGUUAGAAGCUGAAGCUGCAGAGCUCGACAAGAGAGAUGAGAGUGCGGCUUUGUUUGACAAGCGGCUUGAGAUGCUUAUGCUUGUAGCAGAACAAGAAGCCAAUGAAGUUCAUGGUGAUUCCAUCCAAAGCAAGCACUGUGAUCAGGUGUCCACAAUGUUAUCCCAUUGAAGAAACAAUUAAGCUUCAACAUGGUUGCUUCAUCAUGUGUAAUUGCUUAGGCCGCCAGCCAUUCUUAUAGUGUUUUCAAAAUGGACCGAUCUUUUCAAAAGGAAUGAUGUGAAAGUUCCUAGGUUGGAUAACGACUUGCUUCAAAAUAAACAUCCCACAAGCUGGCUUCGUCAUGAAUGGUUGUUUAAAAAUGUCAGCUGCUCUGUGACCGUUGGGAAGAAAUAAUGUGGUGCCAUGGGCACCCACCAUAUCUGGAUUCUCUGCAGCUUGUGACUGAACUGAAGGUACUCAAGUUCUGCUAUCACUACCGUUCAUGUAUCACAUAAUGACCCAUGAUUGUAUGAUUCCAUGCAAUGUGCUAUCAUUAUCUUGUGCAAGUCCUCGCAAUUCCGGGCUGUCUCAUGAUACUCCAAUGGCUAUGAUUACUGGAUCUCUACAGUUCAAAACCCAGCAUGAUAAGAUCUGAACUUGUACUUCUAAUUAAGCAUGAUUUUCCACCAGAUGUGAAUGUGAUUCGUUCAUGAAAGAAAAUGUGAGCUGGACUUUCAGCCUGAAUCAUAAGAAUCAGGCUGAAACUUGAUUUCUGCCCACUGAAAAACAAAUACACAGGACAGCUAAAUUUUCUUUUGGUAAAUAUGCUUUGCUGGCCUUUGGAUGAGCACCUGUCUACAGUCAUUUGGUGACAUACCAAAAAUGUUCCUAAACUUUGAGCUCAAAAUGCUCUGUUUUGCCUCGUGGCCCAUGCUGUUGAAGGCUAUGAAUCGACAAA